AUGUCAGACAGCGACAGUGACAACUUUGCUCUGAGUGGAGACGACGACGCUAGCGGGUCUGACUUCGGUGCAUCUUCUUCCAAAGGCAAGAAGUCUCCAGCAGCCAAGAAGGCGGCUCCUGCCAAAAAAGCUCCAGUCAAGAAAGCCGCAGCGGCAAAGGUGAGACAUCCUUCCGACUUUAUUGUGGAGUGCUUACCCUCAAGCGCAUCAAUAAAGAAGGCUGCGCCCGCCAAGAAACCCGCCAAAGCACCUCUAGCUUCCAAGAAGCACUCCAACGACUCGCUCUCUGAUAAUGGCUCUGACAUCGACGAGUCCCCACCGAAGAAGAAGCCCAAGGGCAAUAAGGUGUCCGACGAUGAAGAUUUUGGAGGUUCCAGCUCGAAAGCACCUGCGAAUGCAAAGAACGCCAGUGAGAUAUAUCAGAAGCUUUCUCAACGAGACCAUGUGCUCAAGCGCCCCGAUACUUACAUUGGCUCCGUCGAGGCUAUCACUCAGCCGAUGUGGGUCCUUGAACCGGCAUCAAAGACCAUGGUCCACAGGAAUAUCACCUUUGUCCCUGGUUUUCUCAAGAUCUUUGAUGAGAUCUUGGUGAACGCUGCUGAUAACAAAAUCAAUGACCCCAGUAUGGACACCAUCAAAGUCGAGAUUGACCGUGAGAAGAACAUCAUCUCCGUCUACAACAAUGGUAGAGGUAUCCCAGUCGAGAUGCACACCAAAGAGAAUGUCAUGAUCCCAGAAUUGAUUUUUGGACAUUUGCUUGCUGGUAGCAAUUUCGAUGACGACCAGAAAAAGCUGACUGGUGGUCGGAAUGGUUACGGAGCCAAACUGACCAACAUCUAUUCUCACGAAUUCAUCGUUGAAACUGCGGACAAGAGCAACAGCAAGAAAUACAAACAAAUCUUCACCAACAACAUGGGCACCAAAAAGCCACCCAAAAUCGCUGAAAACAAGAAGGAUGAAGAGUGGACCAAAAUCACCUUCAAACCUGACCUCGAACGUUUCAACAUGGCCAACAUUGACGAUGACACGACUGCCCUCCUGAUGAAGCGAGUCUAUGAUAUGGCGGGCACUAUCAAAGACCUAAAGGUCACACUCAACGGUGAACGCGUCAAAGUCAAGAACUUCAAGCAGUAUGUCGAGAUGUAUCUCAACGCUUCUACCAACGCUGCUUCUGAUGCUGCUGGCGGCGCGGCAAUCAGCAAACCCCCUCUCAUCUAUGAAGUAGCCCACAAGCGAUGGGAAGUCGCAUUCGCACUUUCCGAAGGAGAGUUCAAGCAAGUAUCUUUCGUCAACUCGAUUGCCACCACCAAGGGUGGUACUCACGUCGACAUGAUUGCUACUCAGCUUGCCAACAAACUCAUGGACCAGAUCAAGAAGAAAAACACGGCUGCUCCUGUCAAGCCUUUUCAGAUCAAAAACCAUAUGUGGAUUUUCGUCAAUGCUGCUGUUGAGAACCCUGCCUUCGACUCGCAGACCAAGGAAAACUUGACACUCAAGUCGUCUGCUUUCGGCAGUAGAUGCGAGCUUUCAGAGGACUUUGUCAAGAAAGUCGCCAAGACGGGAAUCAUCGACAAUGUCCUCAACUGGGCCAAGUUCAAGCAAGAUCAAAUCAUGAAAAAGACCGACGGCUCCAAGCGAUCGCGUAUCUCCGGUAUCGUGAAACUUGAAGAUGCCAACAAUGCUGGUGGAAAGAAUUCAAAGUUGUGCACUUUGAUCUUGACAGAAGGAGACUCCGCCAAAGCCCUGGCGGUGUCUGGUCUUGCGGUGGUCGGACGUGACCAUUAUGGCGUCUUUCCCCUUCGAGGAAAACUCCUCAACGUCCGCGAAGCGGGUCACGACCAGAUCGUCAAAAACACCGAGAUCCAGCAUAUCAGGCAGAUUCUUGGUCUCAAGCACAACCAGGAAUAUAAAUCCGUCGAUAGCUUGCGUUACGGACAUUUGAUGAUCAUGACUGAUCAGGAUCAUGAUGGCUCGCAUAUCAAGGGUCUUAUCAUCAACUUUUUGGACCACUUCUAUCCCUCCCUUCUGCGUAUUCCCGAAUUCCUUGUCGAGUUCAUCACCCCCAUCGUCAAGGUAUGGAAGGGCAAGCAAGAAAUCAGCUUCUACACCAUGCCCCAAUACGAAGAGUGGAAGGAAGAGAACAACGAUGGCCGCGGUUGGGACUCCAAGUACUACAAGGGUUUAGGGACUAGUACGGAUGCGGACGCUAGGAAAUAUUUCAGCGCAUUGGACAAGCACAGGUUACCGUUCGAAGCUAUGGAACCAAACGAUAGGCUUCUCAUCGAUAUGGCGUUCAACAAGAAAAAGGCGGAUGAUCGAAAGGAAUGGCUUCGCCAAUUCAAGCCGGGAACGUAUCUUGACCACGCGGUCAAGUCUCUGCCGAUCUCCGAUUUCGUCAACCGAGAGCUCAUUCUCUUCUCCAUGGCUGAUAACAUCCGAUCUAUACCGUCCGUCGCGGACGGUCUCAAACCCGGUCAACGAAAGGUCCUGUUUGGCUGUUUCAAACGUAACCUCGUCAAGGAGAUCAAGGUCGCCCAGCUUGCUGGUUACGUAUCGGAGAAGACCGCCUAUCACCACGGUGAACAGAGUCUGACUUCUACCAUUGUCGGUCUAGCGCAGAAUUACGUCGGCAGCAACAACGUCAACCUCCUUGCGCCCAACGGCCAAUUUGGUACGCGAUUGUCUGGUGGUAAAGAUUCUGCCAGUGCGCGAUAUAUCUUUACCAACCUUCCGCGGAUGACUAGGGCUGUGUUCCAUCCUGCUGACGAUGGCCUUCUCAACUAUCUUGUCGAAGAUGGUAUGGGUAUAGAGCCGGACUACUUUUUGCCCACAGUGCCCAUGGUGCUGAUCAAUGGCGCCGAUGGUAUCGGAACAGGUUGGAGUACUGCCAUCCCCAAUUACAAUCCGGUUGAUAUCGUCAACAACAUCAGGAGGCUGAUGAAGAACGAGGAGCUCGAGAAUAUGACGCCCUGGUUCAGAGGCUACAAGGGUACAAUUGAGCGGGUCGAUCAAGACAAGUAUAAGGUCAGCGGCACCGUUGAAAAGAUCGACGACAUUACCCUCGAAAUCACUGAAUUGCCUAUCCGCAAAUGGACUCAAGACUUCAAAGAAAUGCUUGAAGAGAUGACAGUUGGCUCUGAGAAAGUUCCCAAAUCAGUCCAAGAUUACGAGGAACAUCACACAGUCAACACUGUCCAUUUCAAGAUACACAUGACCGAAAAGAACCUUGCGGAAGCGGAGAAAGAAGGGCUUGACAAGCGGUUCAAGUUGACUACCACCCUCAGCACUGGUAACAUGGUUUGCUUUGACCUGAACGGCAAGAUCAAGAAGUACUCGAGCCCUGAGCAAAUAUUGGAAGAAUUUUACUUCAAGCGAUUGGAGUUCUACGGUCUUCGCAAACAAUACCUCGCGGACGAGCUCACAAAACAGCUCGACAAGCUCGCCAACCAGGCUCGCUUCAUAUCCAUGGUUGUUGAAGACAAAUUCGUUGUCAGCAAGAAGCGGAAGGCCCAGCUCGUUGCAGAGCUUCGCGAAGAGAACUUCAAGCCUUUCCCCAAGAAGGACAAGGUCAAGGGUGCUGAUGACCCUGUUGGACAAGAUGACGAAGACGAACAGGAGGGUUUGGCGAGUGAUUAUGAUUACCUGUUGGGAAUGAAGCUGUGGAGUCUGUCUGAGGAAGAUAUCGAGAAACUGAACCGCCAAAGAGAUCUCAAGGAGCAUGAGCUCCAUGAGCUCCUCAAAUUGACUCCUCAGGAUAUCUGGAAUGUUGACCUUGACAACUUUAUGGGUGAAUGGGAGAUUGCCCUUCAAGAGGAUAUUGCGGCUGUCAAGUCUGGGAAGCCCAAAAACAAGGUUGCAAUUGCGGCAGCGCUCAAGCGCAAGAUGAAGGCUACUGGCGAUGACUCGGACUCAGAGGAAGACUUCAAGCCUACUAAAAAAGUCACCAAACCACGAGCUGCUCCCAAGCCCAAAGCCGCUUCAGCCAAACCCACGAUUGUCAAAGCCGGUACCCCCUUGAGAGACAUUGAUGAAGAGUCUGAAGCUGAGGUCUUGCCGAAACCCAAAGCAAAGCCCAAGGCAGCGGCAAAACCCGCUUUGAAGCAGACCACUUUGUCGAAACUCGUAGACGGUGAUGAUGGCUCGGACGCCGACGUCAUACCCCCACCCAAAGCAAACACCAAACCAGCAGCGAAUAAAACAAAAGCUGCUGCCGUUGAUGAGUCUGCCGACUCAAUUGUCGAGCCCGACUCGCCCAAGCCCAAAUCGAAACCGGCCGCAAAGAAGUUGAAGCCAGCAGUGAAGAAGAUACUGUUGUCCGACGACGAGGCGACGCCCGCCCCGAAGGCACGGGUCAAGCCCACUGCCAAGAAGUCUGUCAUCGCAGAGUCUGACGACGACGACGAUUUCGACAUGUCUUCUCCUGUUAAGCCUAAACCUAAAGCAAAGACUGUUGCAAAGAAGGCGGCUGCGCCAAAAACCAAGGGAAAGAAGAAGCUCAUCGAUUCGGAUGAAGAGGAUCCGUUUGUGGCCGACUCUGACGCCGAAGACGCGCCUCCUGCACCCAAGACUACUGCGCGCCCUGGAAGGGGUGCAGCCAAGAAGCCCGCUUAUAUUGAUAUGGUCUCAGAUGAUGACGAGUAG